UCCUCCUUUCUUACUGCACUCAGAGCAAUGCACAUCUGGGCUCUGCUUCUCUGCUGCCUGGCUGGAAUUAGCCAGAGAGUUCAAGGAGGGGAGUCCUGUCAGCUGAUGGUAAAGUCCACCCAAGGAAGUGUUUAUCAAGCAGGGGACUUAGUGAUCGGAGGUCUGUUCCCUGUUCAUGUGAAGGCACCUCAGCCUGACCUGGAAUUUCGAGGUCUAAAGGAUAGUGCUUCUUGUGAAAUUUUCCACCAGAGAGCUUACCGUUGGCUUCAGGCUAUGAUCUUUGCUGUGGAGGAAAUUAAUAACAACACAAACUUUCUACCCAACUUCACCCUUGGAUAUCUGGUGUCUGACACGUGUUUAGCUGAGCGCACCACGCUGUUAGCCGCCAUGUCUAUGGUAACUGGACAGGAAGCCAAUCUGUCUGCUUCAGAAUGUGGAUCUGUGCCCACGGUGCCUGUUGUUGUUGGUGAUCCGCGGAGCUCAGCCUCCAUUAUUGUGGCAAACACUAUUGGGGUGUUCAAUAUACCCAUGGUAAGCUACUUAGCCUCCUGUGGGUGUCUGAGUGAUAAGACGAGGUAUCCCCUGUUCUUCCGCACGAUGCCCAGCGAUGCUGCUGAAGCGAGGGCCAUGGCUGAGCUGCUGCGCCUGAUGGGGUGGACGUGGGUGGGGCUGGUGUCUGCAGAUGACGAUUUUGGCAGAUUCGGAAUUCAGAUGUUAAUGGACGCACUCAGAGGAACGGAAGUGUGCGUUGCCUUCCAUGAAGUCAUUCCAAAGGACUAUGCGAAGAUGACAAUGCAAAAGAUUGUUGACACUAUCAGAACAUCCACAGCCACAGUGGUGGUAGCAUUCAUUAUAGAUCUGGAUGCAAAGGCCUUGUUUGAUGAAGUGGUUGAACAGAAUGUGACAGAUAAACAGUGGGUUGCUAAUGAUGCCUGGAUUACAUACAGCGUCCUCUCUGUCCCUCGUUACGUUCCCUCGUUGGCUGGGACUCUAGGAUUUGCUCUUCGAAGGGCAGAUAUUCCUGGACUGGGAUCCUUUCUGGCUCGUCUUCAUCCCAGUUCAUCCAACUCAGACCCUUUUGUGAAGGAACUCUGGGAAUCACUGUUUGGAUGCUCUUUUAGUGCUGGACUGGGAAUGAAAGUGUGUUCAGGUUCAGAGGUCAUAGGCAUUGGGGAGAGUUUAUACUCAGAUGUGUCUCAGCUAAGAAUCACCUAUAAUGUCUACAAGGCUGUGUAUGCUAUCGCUAAUGCAGUUAGAGAGAUGCUGGCCUGUGAACCUGGAAAAGGUCCCUUCCUGGAAGGCUGGUGUCCUGAUGUGUGGAGUCUGCAGCCUGUGGAGAUAGCUCACUACCUGAAAAAGGUGAACUUCUCAACACCUCUGAAGGAAAGGAUGCACUUCAACAGGAACGGAGACCCGCCUGCUUCGUAUGACAUCAUUAACUGGCACGUGGCAGCUCAGGGAGCAGGAGAGUUUGUCACUGUGGGACAUUUUCUGUCUGAUCGUUUUCACAUCAACAUGGAGGCAGUGUUAUGGGGAGGAGGCAGUGGAAAAGAGGUGCCUGUGUCUGUGUGCAGCAGCCCUUGUCCCGCUGGAACACGCAGAGCUGUGCAGAGAAGCAGACCUGUGUGCUGCUUUGACUGCCUGCCUUGUGCCGACGGAGACAUUAGCAACAAAACCGGUUUGUUGGAGUGCGUUCGGUGUCCUGAGCGGUUCUGGUCCAACCCAACCCACACAGUCUGUGUUCCCCAGCAGGUGGAUUUCCUUUCUUACAGUGACACCAUGGGAAUCAUCCUUUCCCUGGUCUCAGCUCUUGGGACAGCACUGACAGCUGCCACAUUUGCCACCUUUCUUUACUACCGACACACACCUUUGGUGCGAGCCAACAACUCCGAGGUGAGCUUCAUGCUCCUGGUGUCGCUCAAGCUGUGCUUCCUCUGUGCGCUGGCUUUCAUUGGACAGCCAGUAGCCUGGUCCUGUAUGCUGAGACACACACUGUUUGGAAUCAGCUUUGUGUUGUGUAUCUCCUGUCUGCUGAGUCGCACUGUGGUCGUCCUGGUGGCCUUUCGUUCCACGCUGCCUGGGGAAACACUAAUGCGUUACGUUGGUCCUGCUCAGCAGAGACUUGGUAUCUCCAUCUGCACCCUGGUACAGGUGCUGAUCUGUGCUCUGUGGUUGACGCUGGCUCCUCCUCAGCCUGCAGAAAGAAACACUAUGGGCACGUGGGGACCGAAGAUCAUCCUUGAAUGUGCCAUGGGAUCAGUGGUGGCGUUUUCACUUGUUCUGGGUUACAUGGGCCUACUGGCCUGUCUCUGCCUCCUCCUGGCCUUCCUAGCAAGGACACUUCCCGACAACUUCAAUGAGGCCAAGCUGAUCACCUUCAGCAUGCUGAUUUUCUGUUCUGUCUGGGUGACCUUUGUGCCUGCCUACAUCAGCUCUCCUGGAAAGUACACUGUCGCAGUGGAGAUCUUUGCCAUCCUGGCCUCGAGUUACGGCCUCCUCUUCUGUAUCUUUGCCCCAAAGUGUUUCAUUAUAUUUAUGAGGCCUGAGAAAAACACCAAAAAACAUCUGAUGGCCAGAUAGUUCAAACAUGAGACAAUAAUUGACAGAUUUAAUCAAACAUCCACUUUUAUAAAAUGCUUGGUGUCUAGAAUUGCAUGUAAAAGAGAAAAAAUAAUA